AAGGUUGCGGCGGCGGCCGCCGCGGCCCCGGCACCGAGGGCUAUACCCGGGCCGAGCCUGCGCCGGGGACUUCGCCGCCGCCUCCUCGGGCGGCGCUCACCCGGCCCGGAUGCUGGGUCCGGAGGAUGCCGGAGGCUGCUCGGGAAGAAACCCCAAGUUACUCCCUGUGCCGGCGCCCGAGUCGGCGGGCCAGGACGGGAAGAUGAUCCGGGCCACGGGCGGCUUUGGCGGAGGCGUCGGCGCUGUGGAGCCGCCGGAGGAGGGGGAGGAGGAGGAGGAGGAGACGCCGCCUCAGCAGCUCUUUCGGCGUUACCUCGCGGCGGCCGGGGGGCAGCUGGAGCCCGGGCUGUGCUCCUGUCCGCUCCCCGCCGGCCAGUGCCGCGCUCCAGCGCCCUCGGCAGCCCCGCACCCAGCCCCGGGCUCCAAGCACCGAGGCGCGGAGGCGGCGGGUGCCAGCGCGCCGCGGCACGGAGGCAUGACCAACGGGGACUCGGGCUUUCUGCCGGGCCAGGACUGUCGCGACCUGGAGGAGGCUCGCGGGCUGGCGCGCGCCGGCGGCCGGGAGCCACGCAGAAACCUUUUUUCAAAAAGGACAAAGGAACUCAAAUCAGUUGUCCAUAGUGCUCCUGGUUGGAAAUUAUUUGGUAAAGUUCCUCCCAGAGAGAAUCUUCAGAAAACUUCCAAAAUUAUUCAGCAGCUAACUACUCUCACCACAGAUUUUGACUUCGAAUUGAACACGGUAGCAUUUGCCAGUGGCACAGAUUUUGUGGAUAUAGGUAGUUGUGAACUUAUGAAACAGUAA